UGCCUCGUCAGUAACCACAUGUUCGAAGCCAGAGCAAUACAUAUAAUUCCUCGUCUACAGUGUGAUCGUCGGCCUCCUCCCUCUUUAUCGUUGAUCACUGAAAUGACAAGCCACACGCCGGAAUUUGAAAUGAUGGGGACAUUCCCGUUUGUCAAUGACACUCACUUGAACGUGGGCUGUCUUUUUCUUUUGGAAAGGAAAAAUGUCCAACGAUGAAAGCAUCUUGGAUAUUGGUCAACGUCCUUCUCGGCAACGGCGUCAUCUUCCCAUGGCAGUAGAUACGUUGAAAAAAAGCACGUCAACUCCAUCGCGACGUGUCAAUGGUCAACGAUUGAGCUUGUUCAGAAUGACCUACCGUGACAGUGCUUCUCCUGUGGGCCGUGACAUUGCUCCUCCCAUUGUCGACGACAAUGACAAUCUGGACAGUCAAGUAAUAUCAUCAGCACGGGCUAGAACCAAGUCGCUCAGAAGACGACAUGGUUCGUCGCGAGUUCCUGACCGUUCCUAUCCAGGGUCUUCGUCGCCACGUUGGUCGCCAAAAUUCAACCCACGUUGGUGGAUAUGGCUUGGAUGUAUAGCGUGGGGUUUAUUCUUGCUGAUUCGGAUUGGUGUGAGUUAUUCAGAAGCCAACUAUCAUCAAUUAAGCAUAGUGCAGUUUCUACUGAAUACCUGGGGCCGAUUAUUCAACAUGUAAAAAAAAAAAAAAAAUCUAAUCUCAUCAUCCUUGGUUCCAUGCACAACCAGGAAACAAAAUAUACCUGAAGUUUCUUCCAAACCACGAGUUCAUGAGGAAGGAGAACCCGUUUAUCAUGCAUUUUGGCGUGAGGGGUUGAAGGAAAAAAAAAAAGACUGCCAUGUGAUGGUUUAUCGAGAGGUAG